AUGUCUGCCACCAUUGAAUACCCCCAGCCUCAUGUGUCGGAUACAGGCUACUUAGACGAUGGCGACCCCGUCUACGAGUGUCAAUUUUGUGGUGCCUUACUCUGGAUUGGCGAGCGCCUCAAGCGUUGCUCUUCUUCUGAAUACCCGCUUUUCUCAACCUGCUGUUGUCACGGCAAGGUUGUUGUGCCUUACCUUCAAACCCCACCAGACCAAUUCCGGCAGUUUUUCUUCCAGAAAGAACAUCCAAAAUCUAAAAACUUCUUGGCCAACAUAAGAGCAUACAACAAUAUGUUUUGCUUCACUUCCAUGGGAGGAAAGAUUGACCAUUCCCUCAACUCUCGCGGAGGUGGCCCCUACUCCUUUAUCAUGUCCGGCCAAAACUAUCAUCUCUUGGGAAGCUUAUUGCCACCUGAAGGAUGCCCUCCUGUGUACUCACAGCUCUAUAUUUACGACACGGACAAUGAAAUAAGAAACCGGAUGGCGGCGAUCAGGCACCAUCCAGACAAAUCAGGUGUUGACGAAGCCAUUGCUAUGGACAUUAAAGAUUGCCUCGACCAGCAUAAUGCCCUGGUCAAGAAAUACCGUAUGGCAUCAGAAAUCCUUCGCCAAGACAACACUGCCGAAGUCAGGACACGCCUCCUCAGAGAAUCAACCAAUAGAAGCAGAAAUUAUGAGCUACCAACGGCAUCGGAGGUAGCCGCGUUGAUAGUCAGAGAUUUUGAUGAGUCAUAUUCCAACAGAGACAUAAUCAUAGAAAAGAAAGCAGGCUCCUUGAAGCGCGUCCAUGAAUUACACAAGUUGUACUUGCCUCUUCAAUAUCCCCUCAUCUUCCACUAUGGCAAUAACGGAUUCAUACCGAAGACGGAACAUAACGAUGCAUCUCUUAUUAGCACUAGGAAGAAAAAGUACCUCAUAAUAAGAGAGUACCUAGCUUUCAAACUGAUGGACAGAAAUAUAGAGGAGUCUGUGUUACUGCACUCAAAGAGGUUAUUACAGCAAUUCAUCGUAGACGGCUUCACAAUGGUUGAGAGUGAGAGGCUCGACUACAUAAGGAGACACCAGAGAGAGCUCAGGGUUGACCUAUACAAAGGACUUGCUGACGCAAUAACAAGGGGUGAGACAGAUGCGUCCAACACAGGAAAGAGGAUAAUCCUACCUUCUUCUGUUACCGGAGGUGCUAGAUACAUGAUCCAUAACUACCGGGAUGCAAUGGCCAUAUGCAGAUGGGCAGGAUACCCCGACAUCUUCUUGACCUUUACUUGCAAUCCGGCAUGGCCUGAGAUAACAAGAUUCUGCAAGAAAUACAACCUCAGCCCAUCUGAUCGACCCGACAUCUUGACGAGGAUGUUCAACCUCAAACUUGCAGCACUGAUGAAAUGCAUUAGGGAGCAAAAAAUAUUCGGCACAAUCAAAGCAGAGAUAUAUACAAUUGAGUUCCAGAAGCGGGGGCUGCCGCACGCACACAUUAUUUUGUUCAUAGAGCCGUGUGACAAACCCAAGACAGCUGAGGAUGUCGACAGAAUCAUCUCAGCAGAGAUACCUGACAAGGAUGCAAACCCGGUGCUAUUUGAGCUUGUCACCAAUUUCAUGAUGCACGGGCCCUGUGGCUGCUCCAAUCAGAAAUCACCUUGCAUGAAAGAUGGAAAGUGUUCAAAGUACUUCCCAAGAAGAUAUGCGCCACACACAACAAUAGAUGACGAUGGGUACCCCACAUACCGUAGGAGGAACAAUGGCAGAACAACUGGCCACUUAAAUGUCGAGAAGACAAACCAAUCGAGGGCUAUCAAGUAUUUGUUCAAAUACAUCAGCAAGGGCCACGACCGUGUUAUAGCAGGUAUCUACCACAAUGAUGAGCCCGGAACCUCACGACCCGAUUUCGAUGAGAUCUCACAUUACCUUAACUGCAGAUACAUCUCAGCCUGUGAGGGCGCGUGGCGAAUAUUCUCAUUCAACAUCCACCACAGGUACCCUUCUGUCGAGAGAUUGAGCUUCCAUCUACCAGAUCAACAGGCUGUUUUUUACACGGCCAACGACGAAAUGCCUUCACUGAUUGACAGGCCACGGGUGAAGGAGUCAAUGUUCCUCGCAUGGCUCGCCAAGAAUAAAGAAGACUCAUUCGCAAGGACCUUAACAUAUUCUGAGUUCCCACAGCAUUACACUUUUAAUAAGCAGAAGAGGGAGUGGAGGCUACGCCAGAGAGGCUUCUCUGUCGGGAGAUUGGCUCACGUAUCGCCAUCCCAGGGUGAGGCUUACUACCUCCGGGUCCUGCUGUCUAAGACGAGAGGGCCCUUUAGCUACAGAGACAUUAGGACAGUAGACAACGUCGUCCAACCAACAUUCAGGGCGGCAUGCUAUGCGCUAGGGUUGCUUCACGAUGAUCAAGAGUACAUCGACGCAGUAAAAGAGGCAGCAUUCUGGGCUACAGAAAUAUCAAUCACCGACUCAGAUAGGGAGGAGGUUGGACUUAUUGAGAUUCAGAGGCUGCUCCUUAAGAAUGGUAGGUCACUGGACGACUACCCAUCGCUGCCAAAACCAAGCUCCACUGAAUUCUUGGACACAACAAACAACUUGCUACUCCAGGAACUCAGCUACGACAGAGAUGCUUGUGCGGCAGACGCCGUAAGGUUAGCAGCAUCACUAACAGAUGAGCAAAGAAAGAUAUUCCACGAAGUCCUUGAUGCGGUCAGCAGGAACACCGGCGGGUUCUACUUCGUCUAUGGUUACGAGGGCACUGGCAAGACUUUCCUAUGGAACGCCCUGACCGUGGCUGUACGAGCAAAUGGCGAUGUGGUCAUCAACGUCGCAUCGAGCGGAAUAGCAGCGACUCUAUUGCUCUCAGGAAGGACUGCUCAUUCGAGAUUCGCGAUCCCUAUCGACAUAAAUGAGGACUCCACAUGUAAUAUUAGCCAUGGUUCUCCUGUGUCUCAUUUACUGCGGUCCGCAAAAUUAAUCAUCUGGGACGAGGCGCCAAUGAUAAAACGGCAUUGUGUGGAGGCUGUAGAUCGAUCAUUAAAGGAUAUAAUGAGGUGCGACCUCCCAUUUGGUGGCAAGUGCGUCGUCAUGGGGGGCGAUUUCAGGCAGAUCUUACCUGUCAUACCAAAGGGAUUCCGUGCAGACAUUAUAAGCGCGGCUAUAAACUCAUCCGCACUUUGGCUGUCGUGCAAGCUGUUCAAGCUCACUAAAAACAUGCGCCUGCAGUUUGCAGCUAAGGCAUUAGACCAGAAAAAGGUCAGUGGAUUCUCCAGAUGGUUGCUUGAUGUCGGUGAUGGUACAAUUGGGCUGCCCCAUGAGGGCACGACGGACAUUGAGAUCCCAGUCGAUUUCCUCAUCACUGACUCCCUUGACCCUAUCAACUCCAUAGUCUCAUCUACAUAUCCCACACUCCAACAGAACAUAACACAUCCAAACUACCUCACAGAAAGGGCGAUUUUAGCCCCCACAACCGAUGUCGUCGACCAGAUAAAUGAUUACAUGCUGUCGCUCCUCCCUGGAGACUCCGUUCAUUAUCUCAGCUCUGACUCCAUCUCUAGCACCGAUCAGGAUAGCAGCUCAUUCCAGGAUCUAUACUCCCCGGAAUUCCUGAACACAAUAAAUUGCUCUGGGAUGCCACCCCAUAAGCUCUCUUUGAAGGUUGGAAUACCGGUCAUGCUGUUGCGAAACAUCGACCAGUCUGCAGGCCUGUGCAACGGAACGAGGCUUCGUAUCACGUAUCUGGGCAAGAACUUCAUCAGGGCGGUAACGUUAAAUGGAACGAGCACAGGUGACCAGGUACUCAUCCACCGCAUGGACAUGAAUCCUUCAGAGACCACCCUCCCGUUCAAAAUGACGAGACGACAGUUCCCGUUCAUAAUCUCUUUUGCGAUGACCAUCAACAAGAGCCAGGGACAGUCAUUAACGAACGUCGGUUUGUACCUGCCCAGGCCGGUGUUUACACAUGGACAGCUGUAUGUCGCAUUGUCAAGGGUCAAGAAUAUGGACGGUCUCAAAAUAUUGAUCCUCGAUUCUGACAGUAAACCCACGAAUGUUACUCGGAAUGUGGUCUACAGGGAAGUCUUCCAGAAUAUGAAUUCGGAAUGA